AAGUUCCAGUAGUAUUAAGCUGUUUGUGACCCAUUGUCAGUGCAUUUAUAUAUUUGGCAAUGGAGCAGUUACAUUCAUGUACUUGCUGCCUGGUGCGGCCGCCGGAAAAGGGCCUUAAGAUUAUGUAUAAACAUCUCGACAAAACAGAGGUAUAUUACGACAUGCUGAGAGACUGCUUCGAUAUUAAUCUCAGCAUGGCAAAUGAGGAGUGUGGCAUCUGCGAGGUGUGUGUGGGACGGCUGCGGGACGCAACUGACUUCAAGCAGCAAGUGCAAAGCAGCCAGACAAAGCUGCAGGCAAGGCUUAAGAAAGGGGUAAUGUCAAGUAACAAGAUAGAAAUCAAGGUGGAAAAAGCCCCUGAAGGUGAAACAAUUAUACGCGAUAUCAAGAUGGAGAAGGCUGAUGUCGAGAUAGCAGAUGACGACGAUGAGUUCGCUUUAGAUUCAGUGGCUAUACAAAACGGACCGACGACAUCUACCACUACACAGCACAACCCCAGUCCUUCAGUGUCGAAUUCGACCCUCACCGACCACGAGCAUUCCCAGUCAACUUCAACCAGCCAAUCGAAACGGCAAGCGUGUGACAUAUGCCAAAAAAAGUUCGCAGACCGAUAUCAUCUAGCCAUCCAUCGCCGCUCACACACUGGAGAAAAGCCUUUCGCAUGCAGCGUAUGCGACAAAAGAUUCAUACAAAAAGCAACCUUAAAUAUUCAUUACGCACUCCACCUGGGGAAGUUUAACUUCUCUUGCGAAGUAUGUCACGAGAGAUUCCUUCAUAAAAACCAAUACAUCUUACACAUGCGGAUACACACUGGUGAAAAACCGUUCGCCUGUGAUAUAUGCGAUAAGAAAUAUAGACAAAAAGGCGAAUUAACUAUUCAUAAAAGAAGUCAUUUCAAUACUGAUACCGUGGACAAAAAGUAUGCUUGCGACGUUUGUGGGAAACGAUUUGCACUACAAGGGAAUUUAUUUAAUCAUAAAGAACGACACGAGAAAGAGGAAAAGGCAAAGAAAGAAGGGAAACAGAAGGAUCCAAAACCAUACGAGUGUGACAUAUGUUUCAAACGGUUUUCGUUGAAAGGUAUUUUAAAAGUUCAUAAAGAAAUACACUCACAAGGACCCCCUUUAGAAUGCGAUGUGUGUCAUAAGAAAUUUCAGUUGAAGAGGUAUUUAGAAAAUCACAUAAAAGUGCACGAAGAGACGAAGGAACACGCCUGUGAAAUUUGUGGCCAACAAUUUACACACAGGGCGAGUUUUAAACGUCAUAUUAGAAAUCACACGGAAGAAAAACCCUUCGCCUGUGAAGUAUGUCAGAAGCGAUUUGAUCGCUCUGCAACUUUACGAGACCACAUGCUUAUACAUGCCGGGAUUAAGCUACACACUUGUAAAGUAUGUAAUAAAGAAUUUAGAUUAAAGUCGACACUAGACAUUCAUAUGCGACGAUUGCACACCGACGAACGACCAUAUACCUGCGAUGUGUGUCAAAAGGGGUUCCCUGAGCUAUCCGCCUUAAAAUACCAUUAUAUGUCGCAUACUGGAGAAAAGCCGUUCGGUUGUGAAAUAUGUCCAAUGAAAUUUGCUCGACGUUCUCAUCUCAAAAGACAUCUCACAAGUGUUCAUAAAGAGACACUUUCCUAAUUUGUUGUUAGCUAUUACACAAUGGGCAUUUUUUGCACGUUUCCAUUUUAGCUUACUAUAGAUAUACAGUAUAGUACCUCUAGUGGUAUCGAGACGACGCUAAUAUUUAAGUGUUAGUCCUGGGUUCAACCCAAAAUUUAAUUUUGACAACCCUAGUAAGUGGAAAGGGACAAGACAUUUAGCUUCCAAAUUUAGGUUUUGUAGAAAAUUGUGCUUGUAUUGAGCAUUUCGUCGUGUGACACGCAAAACUCUUUAAUCAUAUAAAGUAUUUGUCUUUUGUGUCGCUUAACUUCAAAACUGGGUAAAUCCAUUCUGCUAUAAGGUUUAUUAUCUUUCUGAUCAUAUUAUGUUUUUUAUAUAUUCAAUCUUAAAGCAGAAUGGUUUUACCCAGGUUUGAAGUUAAGCAACACAUUUAAUAUUUAGUAAUAAAGUUCACAAGUUUCAUCUUGUGUUAAUUCACGAGUUUUGCUUAUCACUGGACGAUGUUCACAAAUCUCAUGUUAUUUGUUAUGGCAACUAUAAUUCAAUAAAAAAUAUUGUUUGCA